GGUUCCAAACCGGGUUCUAGAAUCUCAAAGGAGUUCUAGAAUCACAGAGGGUUCCUGAAUCAGUUCCAAAGUCUGCUCUUGACUUGUCAGAGUUUUAGAAUGGGACCUAGAUUGGGUCCCAGGUCUAUACCCAUGCCUGGCACAUUUACUGUGGUUAUUUGGUGUUUGGUGUUUGCCACUCCAGUCAGUUGCCAGGGCAACUCAUCUGAGACAUCUUUAUCAGAUCUGAUGAUUUUGGACCUGCCUAAUUUCCACAGCACUGACACACCUCUUGGACCUGGAGUGGACCAUCUUAUCCAGACCUCGGACCAAGAGCCACAUCUGGUGCAAGAGACUGUGAAGAAGCCCCUGUCAGCCCUGGAGCCUGGACAAGAAAAGUUUAAACACGCGAGCCAGUUGAAACACAAACAUGAAAGAAAUCCUCAUUCGUCUUCCUCCAACUCAACUCCAGCAGUUCGUAUGCAGGUGCCCCCUCACUGUGUUGAUGAGACAUCAAUAAAAACAGUCUUCAAGUACAUCAACACGGUGCUGUCCUGUGCAAUCUUUGCUGUGGGGAUCAUUGGAAAUGUCACCCUGCUAAGGAUUAUCUACCAAAAUAAGAGCAUGAGGAAUGGACCCAAUGCUGUCAUAGCCAGCCUGGCCCUAGGAGACCUGAUAUACAUUGCCAUCGACAUACCAAUACAGGUCUAUAAGCUCCUGGCCGGCCGGUGGCCGUUUGUCGACAGUGAUUUUGGCCUGUUCCUCUGCAAACUCUUCCCCUUCCUCCAAAAAGCGUCAGUUGGCAUCACCGUCUUCAAUCUGUGUGCUCUAAGUGUGGACAGGUAUCGUGCGGUGGCGUCCUGGUCUCGGGUACAGGGCACAGGUGUUCCAAUGGUAACGGCGGUGGAGAUAGUGAUGGUCUGGCUGCUGUCCAUGGUGCUGGCUGUACCAGAGGCCAUCGGCUUCAGCAUAGUCACCUUUGAGUACAGAAACACAACCAUUAGGACCUGCAUGCUGCAGCCCAAGUCAAAUUUGUCAGAUUUCAUGAAAUUCUACCAGGAUGCAAAGGACUGGUGGCUGUUUGGCCUCUACUUCUGCAUUCCUCUGACCUGUUCUGCUGUUUUCUACGGGCUGAUGACCUGCGAGAUGCUCAGACACCAGAAAGGAAGUCUGAGGAUCUCAUUUAGCGAACACCUUAAACAGCGUAGAGAAGUAGCAAAAACUGUGUUCAGCCUGGUGUUGAUCUUUGCUCUGUGCUGGUUCCCGCUGCAUCUGAGUCGCCUGCUGAAGUGGACCAUCUACAAACCCCAUGAUGUGAAGCGCUGCGACUUAUUAAAUUUCCUGUUGGUGCUGGACUACUUCGGUAUAAACAUGGCUACCAUCAACUCCUGCAUCAAUCCCAUAAUCCUCUUCUUUGUCUCCAAGAAGUUCAAAAACUGCUUCAAGUCCUGUCUGUGCUGUUGGUGUUAUUCUGGCUCUUUCUCUAACAGUAUGCUGCCCCUCAAUCAUGGGACGAGUCUGCAGUACAAACACAGUGACCACUGAAAGAGAGAGAGAGAGAGUAAACAACUACAUCUUCAUUUUCACCAUCACCUC